AUGGACGGUGCUAGGUGGUUGGCGAAUACGGCCACGCUCGGCCAGCUCACCUCCAAGGUGAAAAAUGCCCCUGACACCGACCUCUCAGAUACGUUGAAGCAGUUAUCAGUCUCGUAUCCCAAGUUGAUUGAGAGUCUCAGGGUGGCGGCGAGCGAGUCCGAGGACAGUUCGAAUCAUCAUACAGAUGCGUCUGAUCAGAGAACCCCCGACCCGCUCUACAUCCAAGACGGUGGCGCCAUUGAAGUCAUCUGUGAUCUGAAAGGCGGGAUCAAAGAAUUACUGGCUGGCAACGACGCUGAUCAUGAGCUCACGUCCCCGCCUUCGGAUCAAGCGUCCCAGAUCUCAUUGACAGCACUUCACCAGGCCCUCCGAUCUGGUACGGUGCUACAAUUGCUUCACAACAACUGGGUGGUUAGCAUUGGAUCAGCUUACGUAGUCAAGAUUGGGUCCGACAUCGAUCUCGACCACAUCGACAACUUGAGUUACAUCAACGAACACGUUCCAGAGAUGCCGACCCCUCAGGUAGCUGGGGCCUUUCGCCAAAGCCGGUGGACUUUCACCUUCCUGUCCCGUGCCGAGGGCGUCACGUUGGAGGAGGCGUGGCCGGACCUCACUGCAGCCCAAAAGACGUCCGUUCAACACCAACUCGCGAACUACUUCCAGAUCCUUCGCGCCAAGCAUCCGACCAGCCAACCGUUACGCAUCUGCAGUUUCCAGACAGGCACAUGCAAGGACCUGCGGAGACUUCAGCGUGUUUCUCCCACCGCCAUAUACAGUGAGUCCGAGUUCAACGAGUUCCUCUGCCAAAGCCCAGGCAGAACAGCUGGGCCUUGGAUAUCCAUGGUCCGGUCCUUCCUACGACAAGAUCAUCGCAUUGUGAUGACGCACAGCGACUUGCACCCUCGGAACAUCAUGGUCACUAUGGAAACAUAUCACGACGAGAAGUCGACCAUAAACGUAUCAUCAAUUUUGGAUUGGGAGCUAGCUGGAUGGUACCCCGAGCACUGGGAGUUCGUCCGAGCUCUAAGCACAAUCGACACUCGAGGACCUUUGAAAGACUGGGUCGAGUAUCUUCCGUGGAAAGCCAUCGGCAGGUACCCUGUCGAGUAUUCGCUGGAUUGCCUGAUUGGGCGUUGGGUGGGAUGA